AUGGAUUUUCUUUUUAAAUUUUUCUUUAUACUAAAAAAAAUUUCUUACAACUGCCAUUUUUUUUCCUUCUGUAUCUCUUCUCAAAGUCAUUCACUUCUCUUACUCUGCCUCCUCAUCCCAUCCUUCUCUGCUCUCUUUCUCUUCCUCCUCAUCCCAUCCUUCUCUGCUCUCUUUCUCUUCCUCCUCAUUCCAUCCUACUCUGCUCUCUUUCUCUUCCUCCUCAUUCCAUCCUUCUCUGCUCUCUUUCUCUUCCUCCUCGUCCCAUCUUUCUCUGCUCUUUCUCUUCCUCUUUUUCUACUUUCUCCCCCUUCCUCAUCCCAUCUUUCUCUAACCUCUCUCUCUCCUCCUUGUACUAUCUUUCUCUUGUCUGCUCUCUCUCUUCCUCAUCCUCUCUCUCUUCCCUCCUCAUUGUGUCUAUUCCUUCAUUUCAAUCGUAUGUACCGGAUGCCUUGUAACUGUCGAGAAGGAUACACUGGAAAUAAUUGUCAAAAAGAGAUUGCUCGUUGUACUGACACAACUUGCUACCCAAAUGUUGCCUGCAAUUCUUCUAAGCCUGGAAAUCCCUGUGAAUCCUGUCCUUUGGGAAUGGCUGGUGAUGGCAUAAAAUGCUAUGAUAUAAACCAAUGCAGCAAAGCUGUAUGUUCGCAGAAAUGUAAAGACCUUCUUGGAAGCAAUUAUAUUUGUUCCUGUUGGCCUGGAUAUGUUUUAGCUGCUGACAACAAAACUUGCUUAGAUAUUGAUGAAUGCAAAAGUGUAAACAACUGCACCAAGGAAGGUCAAUACUGUGAAAACAAUAAUGGCAGUUACAGUUGCAAAUGCAAAGCAGGAUACCUACUUCAAAAUGAUACUUGUAUAUCACUUAAAGGAAAAAAUAAAGUGGAUGGCAGUCUUGUAUUUUCAUCAAUUGCAAACUCACCCCAGGCUUGGUCUGAAGACCUGAAAAAUAAUUCCAGUCCAAAAUUCAAGGCUUUAGCUAAUAUUAUGAAAACUUCAUUGUUGAAAGUCUUACCAAAAGACAAGAGUGAUAUUCUGGAAGUGACCAGUUUUGAAAAAGUUGUUUCUUCACAGAGGCGGAAAAAACGUUCUACAAACACCGAUUCUAUAAAAGGGACUUAUGAAGUUUAUGGGAACAAUCUUAAUGCUGACCAAUUAAAGAAUUCAAUACAGAAUAGUUGUCAGACUCCAUAUUGCAAUCUUGGUGGAUUAUCCGGAGUUUCUUCACAAUCAAUCACUGUUGCUGCUGCACCUAUUUGUAAAAAUAGUCCUUGUGAUCUUGAGUCAACAGACUGCAUUGAAAAGAAUGGGUACCAAUGUGUAUGCAAGCCAGGCUUUGAAAAUUGGCCUCCGUAUAAUGAUAUACGCUGUAAAGAUAUUAAUGAAUGUGCACUAACAACAAAACCUUGUGGCAGCAUUAACUGCAGCAACACUGUGGGAAGUUAUACUUGUGUCUGUGACUUUGGAUUCGUUUUUAAGAAAACCACUAAGGAAUGUGUUGAUGUCUGCAGUGGUAACGUUUGCAAUGAGGGUAUUUGUAUCAGGAAUGCUAAUGAUUUCCGAUGUGGCUGCAAUGAUGGCUGGUCUGGAGAUAGAUGUGAUGUGAAAGAUCAGCAGAGUGAGAAACGGAGGACAGACCUGAUUUUAUCAUCUGCUGGUGAGUUACUCCUUCCAACCAAGAUACUAACACUUGAAGAAAACACACAAACAAAAGAAAUACUAUCUGAUUCUUUUACUUUCUUCUUUUUUUUUUUUCUUUUACAUAUUUUUUCUUUUCUCUGUCAUCUUUUUCUCUGUCUACAUUCCUCCCUCAUUCGUUUUCUCCCCCUCCCUUUCUUUCCGCGUUGUCUCCCUCCCUUUCUUUCCGCGUUGUCUCCCUCCCUUUCUUUCCGCGUUGUCUCCCUCCCUUCCUUUCCGCGUUGUCUCCUUCCUCCCUUUCCGCGUUGUCUCCCUUCCUCCCUUUCCGCGUUGUCUCCCUUCCUCCCUUUCCGCGUUGUCUCCCUCCCUCCCUUUCCGCGUUGUCUCCUACCCUUUCUUUCCGUGUUCUCAUUUGCUACCUCUCUCAUUCUCUCACUCUCUCUCGCUAGUUAUCUCUCCCUCUCUCUUUUUAUUUCUCUAUUUUCUCUUUACAUCUUUUUAUUUCUCUAUUUUCUCUUUACGUCUUUUUUAUUUCUCUAUUUUCUCUUUACGUCUUUUUUAUUUCACAGCUGCUAA